AUGUUGGAUACAGUACAGUUGCCGUUACUGUUAGAACAGUCAUCAAAAGCGAGAGUGUCCCCUGCACCUCCUCCUCCGCCUCCACCUCCUCCUCCAUCACUUCAUUCUUCUUCAUCAAAAGGACUGCAGCAGGUCACUGCAAAUAAUGACUCAUCAUCACCUGGCAAAAAAAAGUGGACAUUACGAGUGGAAUCAAGAGAUACUGGCCGAAUCAGUUCCACUAACCACAGGACUGAAGAAAGCAUUGAAAUCCCGAAACCACAAUCAGUUGCUUCACUGCGGGAGCAGAUAGCAAGUAAAUUAGAAAGAAAAAUAGCGUCGCAUAUUGCAACAUUUAAUGGUAUCCUUCCAUGUAAAAUGCAACUAAUCAACGAGUCGCCAUCCUCGUCGCUGAAGGAGUCAGAAUUGACAACUGAAUCAAACGUAAUUGAGCAUGCUAAUGAGGAAUUUAAUCAUCAGCAGCAUCUGGUAGCAAGCACAUCUAUGACACAUGGCAGACAAGCAGUUUUCACUUCCCAGAUGCUACUACCGGAGCAGCAGUCAGUUGUUCAUGAACCGGUACAACGACAUCUGUCCUGCAUUACACCACUAUCAUUUAAUCGUACAACAGUGCUUUCUUCCUCAACAAUGCACUCACCCAGCAUGUCCAACAUAUCUACAGAUGGCAAUGACUAUCAAAGAACGGAAAAUAUAAAGAAUGAAACUAGAAAUCGUCCGAUAAUGCAGGACAGAGGUCAAUCGCUACUGCCUCCUUCCGCUCUCUCUGCUCCUAUUGGUAUCAUAGAUUUUAAUGCUAAUCAUAGUUUAGAUGAACAUGCUACAAUGCCAUCAGAUUCUAGCCAUUCCGGAUUCUUCGUCAAUUAUCAAAACAAAAGUAGAAAUGAAAGGGCUAGUAGUGAAUUGGAAAAAAUACCUGUUUAUAGUAAUCAUGAGCACGAAAAUCAACGUAACGGUACUUUGCCAGUAGCUAACGUUGGAGGCGAAAAAAGUCAGUUUGAUGCUCCUUCUCCAUCAGUGACAAAUGCCCGAGUAUUAGCAGAUGCUCAUAAGCCUCUAUUUUCGAAACCAGUGGAAUUAAGGACAGGAAUACGUUCUGAAAAUGGUUUAUUGAAGACAUUACAGCCAGAAACUCAUGCAGCUCUUCACAUUCCGCUGAAAACCAUUAGCAGUCAUUGUUCUGUACCAGAACAAGAAAUGACCGUUGCUGCAGUUGCUUCACCUCAACAGGACUCUCAUACGGAAAACUCAAGUUGGUACCGCACAAUGUUCAAAAAAAUGCACGUUGUUAAUCUAUUAGGUAAGUACUUCUAUUGA